GUUGGCUGGCAACUGUCUCAGCACGCAAGAACAUUUCAAACUACUAGUGAUAUUUUUCUUGUGCUAUUUAUUCUUUCAACGGUAUAAUAUAGUACAAUUUAAAGAUGAAAUUCCGACCUUCCCCUUCCUAUCCAAACACUGCGGCGCGAGCGACGGCAGUUGCCCGCCAAUAAUUGUAAAGUGGAUACAAUGAAAUAUGAUACUCUGUUUCAUACUGUCUCCUUCCUUAUUCUCUUGUUCAAAUCCUCCAUCGCGGUCGAUUCCAUAGCUCCGAAUGAAACCUUCCUAGAUAACAACACAACUCUUGUUUCCCCCAACGGAAACUUCGAGCUGGGAUUCUUCAGCCCACAGAAUUCCAGCAACCGAUACGUCGGAAUAUGGUUCAAGAAAGUCCCGAUUCAAACCGUGGUUUGGGUCGCCAACAAGAACCGCCCCAUCGCGGAUUCAUCGGGCUCACUCUCCGUCACAUCAUCCGGCAACAUCCUCAUCUCCAGCAACCAGUCAUCCCUUUGGUCCGCAAAUUCGACGUCGAGCAACCCGGUUUUGAGACUUUUGGACAAUGGAAACCUGGUACUUUUCGACGGCAGCGGCAGGAAUUAUUCAUGGCAGAGUUUCGAUGAUCCUUCUAACACACUGAUUCCCGGCAUGAGACUUGGGUGGGAUUUGAGGAGCGGUGAAGAACGGUAUCUGACGUCGUGGAAAAGCGCGGGGGAUCCUUCUCCGGGGGAAUAUACGUACAGGACGAAUCCAAAGGGACUACCUUCACUAGUUCUCCGGCGAGGAUCGAACAUCACAUACAGAAGCGGGCCUUGGGAUGGCGUUCGUUUCGGCGGCUCUCCUGCUCUGCACGGAAAUACGGUUUUCAACCCAUAUUUCGUAUUCAAUGCUACCGACGUAUAUUACUCGUUCGAAAACACUGACGACUCCGUUGUAUCGAGAUUUGUGGUGACAGAAUCGGGGAUUCUGACGUACUUCCGGUGGAGCGAGACGGGCAACCAGUGGAUCGACAUCGCCAACUUGCAAGCCGACACCUGUGAUAAUUAUGCGGAAUGCGGUAGCUUCGGCGUCUGCGAAUUUGGUAGAGAGCCGAUAUGCGCUUGCUUGACGGGGUUCGCGCCUCGGCUUGCGGAGGAUUGGGCGCGGUUUGAUUGGAGGGGCGGAUGCAGUCGGAUCGCUCCUUUGAACUGUAGCACGGCUGCAGGAUUCAGGAGGUUUUCGAGAGUGAAGGUGCCGGAUACGUCUACUAGUUUCGUGGAUAAGAAUGCGAGAAAUGAGGAGGAAUGCGAGGCGGCAUGUUUGAGGAAUUGUACGUGUGUGGCUUAUGCUCGGACAGAUGCCACGGGAUGUGUUGUUUGGUCGGGGGAGUUGAUAGAUAUCAGAUUGUAUGAUGAGGGUGGACAGGAACUGUUUGUCAAGAUGCCUCUCUCUCAAUUAGGCUCCAGAAAAUCCAAGAGAGCAGCAGCUGUGAUCGCAUCAGUAACGGUGGUUGCAUUCCUAGUGCUGUUGGCCCUCAUCAUCUGGCUGCUUAUCCGUAAGCGGCUCGCCAAGAAGAAAGCAGCUAUGGCAGAGCAGCAACAUGAUUAUCCGAAGCAAGAUGAGAAUGCAAGCAUGGGAGAUGAGGAUGUGGCUUUACCUCUGAUCGACUUUCUUACAAUAUCAACUGCCACAAAUGAAUUCUCGUUUGCAAAUAAGAUUGGGGAAGGUGGUUUUGGCCCUGUUUACAAGGGAGUGCUACCAAAUGGCAAAGAGAUAGCAGUUAAGAGACUAUCUCGAGAUUCUGGACAAGGCCUCCAUGAAUUCAAGAACGAAGUGAUCUUGAUUGCUAAACUGCAGCACCGGAAUCUGGUUAGGCUUGUGGGAUGCUGCAUUCAUCGAGAGGAGAGAAUGCUGGUCUACGAGUACAUGCCCAACAAGAGUUUGGACCUCUUCAUCUUCGAUCAAACAAAGCUUACAUCUCUAGAGUGGAAUAUCCGCUAUGACAUUAUAGUAGGCAUUGCCCGCGGACUUUUGUACCUCCAUCGCGAUUCAAGAUUGAGAAUAAUUCACAGGGAUCUUAAAGCAAGUAAUAUUCUCCUUGAUAGUGAAAUGAAUCCCAAAAUAUCAGACUUUGGUCUGGCAAGAAUGUUCGGGGCCGAUCAGUAUCAAGAAACUACAAAGAGAGUGAUGGGUACCUACGGAUACAUGGCCCCAGAAUACGCAGUAGACGGCUUCUUCUCAGUCAAGUCCGACGUUUUCAGCUUCGGAGUGUUGGUGUUGGAGAUAAUAAGCGGCAGCAAGAACAGAGGAUUCUAUCAUCCCGAUCACGACCUCAAUCUUUUAGGACAUGCAUGGAAAUUAUGGACAGAAGGAAAUCCUAGGGAGUUUGUAGAUGCAUCGAUUCGAAACAGAGAAUCUGCGGCAGUGUUGCGAUGUAUCCAAGUAGGGCUGUUGUGCGUGCAACAACGCCCCGAAGACAGGCCUACCAUGUCCAACGUUGUUGUAAUGUUGGACAGUGAGCAUUCAGUUUUGGAUCAACCUAAACAACCAGGUUUCUACACACAACGAAUGUUCGACACUGAUUCCUCCUCCACCGGGAACAUACCUAACACUUCCAGCGAAAUUACCGUCACAUUGCUCCAUGGUCGAUAGACUUUUUUUUUUUUUAUGCAUAUAAUAGAUAGACUCAAUGUAUCAAAAUAUUCAUUAUUAUCAUAUAGUAAAAACAAAAAAAUGUCUACGAAGAUAAAAAA